AUGAGUUGCAGACUUGACAUCACUUUCUUCUUCUUCUUGCUUGUUACCUUCGUUCCUCUUGUUCAUAUGUUUCCCUUUGGUAGAAACCAGCUUGACAUCAAUUUCUAUGAUAGAUCAUGCCCCAAUCUGCCCAUGAUUGUUAGAUAUGGUGUUUGGUCAGCCUUGAAAGAUGACAACAGAAUGGCCGCAUCCCUCCUUCGGUUGCACUUUCACGAUUGCAUAGGCUGUGAUGCUUCUGUGCUUCUUGAUGAUACACCAUAUUUCACGGGUGAAAAGAAUGCUCUUCCUAAUCAUAAUUCACUUCGGGGGUUUGAAGUCAUUGAUAACAUAAAAGAACAAGUUGAAAGAUUCUGUCCAUCAACAGUCUCCUGCGCUGAUAUACUAGCAUUAGCAGCUAGGGAAGCUAUUGAUAUGGUUGGAGGGCCUUCUUGGCCUGUUGCAUUAGGCCGAAGAGAUGCAAUAACAACCAGUAAAGAGGCAGCUGAGGAACAAAUUCCCUCACCAAUUGAGCCUCUGGAAAACAUCACUGCAAAGUUUUACUCCAAGGGUCUUGACUUGAGGGAUGUUGUAGCCCUUUCAGGAGGACAUACAAUUGGUUUUGCCCAAUGUUUCACCUUCAAAGGGAGACUUUUUGACUUUCAAGGCUCUGGAAGACCUGAUCCCGUGCUUGACUUUUCACUUCUCACAAAAUUGCAAACCAUGUGUCCAAAUGAAGACACCUCAAACAGCAAUCUAGCACCUCUUGAUGCUACAAGUUCCUUGGUGUUCGACAAUGAGUAUUAUAAAAAUCUCAUAUACAACACAGGGCUUCUACAAUCUGACCAAGCACUAACUAAGGAUCGAAGAACUGCUGCCAUGGUUUAUUAUUACAGCAACAAUCGUUUUUCCUUCUAUAAUGAUUUUGCCGAAUCCAUGGUGAGGCUUAGUAAUGCAGGAGUACUUACAGGAAUAAAGGGACAAAUUAGAGAGAAAUGUGGCUCUGUGGUGGUGGCAGUAUUCCAGAAGAAUGCUGACCAUGUUAACGUUUAUGUCAAAUAUGAAAUCUUGGUGCCAAAGCUAAAAAAUAACUGGAUUUUGCAGUCUUAUGCAGAAGUCGCAGAUCACAAAAG